AUGGGCGUCGGUCGCUUCUUUUGCGUAUUGGUGCCAUUCGCACUCACCAUCGCGUCCAUCAUCUUCUUCCUCGUCCCCACCCUCGCGGGUGUCGCCAACAAGGACCUCUACCUCUUCCAGGUCAACGUCGAGGACCUGAGCAUCAACCCGGCCGAUGUGGACCACAUAGUCGGCAACCUCGACAUCGACAUCAAGCCCCGCGCCGACAAGAUCGAGACCAACAUCACCGCCAAGCUCCUCGACCUCGAGAAGGUUUAUGAUAUUAGCCUGUGGGGAUACUGCUACACUCCCUACAAGGGCAAGCGCCAGUGCGUCAAGCCCAAGUUCGACUGGGCUUCCGAGGUUCUCAACACCACCUACAUCGAGCACUUUGGUUCCGCUGCCGGCGUCGAGAUCAAGCUCCCAGAUGAGGUCAAGUCUGCUCUCAAGGCCUACAGGACCGCCAACAAGUGGGUUGAGAUUGCCUUUGUCGCUGCCCUCGUCCUGCUGGCUCUUGAGGUUAUCCUGGGUAUCUUUGCCAACUGCUCUCGCAUCUUCUCCUGCCUGACCUGGAUCAUCGCCGGUCUCGCCGCUGUUGUCGCUUUCGGUGCCGCUCUCGCCUCGACCCUCAUGGCUGGUGCUGUUAUCGGCGUCGUCAAGGGCACGGCCAAAUUCUACGGUGUGAAGGGCCACAUCAACAACACCUUCCUCGCCAUGGCCUGGAUUGCCGUCGCCUUUGCCAUCGGUGCCAGCCUCUUCUGGCUCUUCACCAUCUGCUGCUGCAAGCCCGAGCACCGCAGUCGCAAGGACCGCAAGAACCGCCACUCCGAUGGCGAGAAGCUCCUGGGUGGCGGCUCCCGCGGCUACGCUCCUCUCGGCAACGACCACGAGAUGACGACUGGCUUCUACAACAACAACAACCAGACCCAGUCCCAGUACGGCGCCCCCCGCUACCCCAGCGGUGCUGCCCGCUCCGAUCUCGCCUACGAGCCCUACUCGCACCGCGCCUAA